AUGAGCCGGGAGUUGUUUCUACGCAUUGUCAAUGCGCUAGAAGUCGAUCCUUACUUCCAACAACGUCCGGAUGCUAUUGGCCGCUUAAGCUUCUCCCCGAUCCAGAAGUGCACUACCGCUAUUCGACAAUUGGCAUACGGAACUGCUGCUGAUUGUUGUGACGAAUAUCUCCGUAUAGGAGAGACGACGGCGUUGGAAUGCUUGAAGAAAUUCUGCAAGGCCAUCGUUCGUAUCUUUGGCGGCACGUAUUUGAGGCGGCCAACAACUGCCGAUGUGCAACGCAUCACUGCAAUGCACGAAGCCCGCCAUGGGUUCCCGGGAAUGUUGGGGAGCCUAGACUGCAUGCAUUGGGGAUGGAAGAAUUGCCCCGUGGCUUGGCACGGCGCCUACACUCGAGGGGAUCAAGGCGAGCCAACAAUUAUAUUAGAGGCCGUUGCUUCACAAGAUUUGUGGAUCUGGCAUGCAUUCUUUGGAGUCGCUGGGUCCAACAACGACAUCAACGUGCUCCACCAGUCCACGCUAUUCAACGAUGUUUUAGCGGGGCAUGAAGCGGUUGUGCACUUCCUCGCCAACAAUUCUCACCACACUCGAGGAUACUACUUAACAGACGGCAUCUAUCCGGACUGGCCGGUAUUCGUGAAGAGCUUCCAGUUUCCGAACGAUGAGAAGAAGCGGAGGUUCAAGGUGAUGCAAGAAGCUGCAAGGAAGGAUGUGGAACGAGCUUUCGGUGUUCUUCAAGCUCGGUGGGGUGGAAAUGCAAGUAAUUUUGACGGUGACGACGGCGAGGGACCAAGUUCUACUCCUUAA